UCGAAAAACGCACAAAAUGACAACACCAGAGUCAGAAAUACAGGAAACUUCUGGCCCAGCAACAGGCGUCAAGGCCAAAGUAUUUUCCGAACUCCCAGAAAGCAACGAAGCCAAGUCGUGACUGAGGCUGAAGAAGCUCGCCUCGAAUCUCAGCAGGCAGAUAUCAAGCCUAGCCUUAUUGGUAGCACCUGCCGCACCGCCACAGUCCCAAUCACCGCCCACGAAAACGCCACUUCAACGCCACACCGCUACGGUUUGCGCGCGCGCAGAGCAUCUCGAGGCUCGUUUCCGACUCCCUCGCGUUGUGGCCGCACAGCAUCCCGGCAGAAGCUCCAGCAGCAGCUCCAGCAGCGCAACAACGUCAACGACGGCGGCGCGGCAGCAAUUCGAAUCGGCUUCCAGCUCGACUUUGGCAUC